GACCAUCGCGCGCAUUGUAUACAUACCAAUGAGAAGUUCAGACCCCUCUCAGAUGAAUUUUAGGUUAUCGUCGCCAGGAACAUUGAUUUGCAUGGGUUGAAACAUGCAAAUCCCUUGCUCAGGAUCCCUGAAGGAGGGUCUCGAUUUUAUGGCGAUUGCCGUGUCAGCACCUUGCGACCCCAGGGGCUUUGGAAACAGGGAAUCCCAAUGCGGUCAACGGGUUCUUGAUUCGAGUUGGCGUAAGCCGCACAUCGCAACCCCGCUCUGCCUCAGCCUGCUUGUUUCAACGCUGCGAUCUCCCAAGGGCAGCAUACAGAUAUUUCGACGAUCACUACAAAAAAGAGAAUUAGGAAAACCAGCUACUCAACCGAUCGACCUCGAAACCUGCCGGCUUUUGCAGAUAGAAGGAGGCUUGCUGGAGAUCAGGAAGACAGAUCGUCUACAUUACAACCCGCCGUUCGAAUUCUCAGCUGGUGGGUUCAAUAACAUGCCUCCCUCAUAUCGCGUAUGUACGUACGUUAAUGCGCAAGUACAAUACAUAUGUAUACGCCGAGCAAGCAAUGUUCAACCAAGAUACGGAUACCUUGCUUACUACGAUAAGUAACGCGAGCUACCACAGAAUAGCAGCAGUUGAGUCGUCGCACAGCCUCGCACAAGACUCAAGGGAACAGUUACGUGCAUGUAAUGUUGGUACGGUUCAAUACGCUUUCGGUCCUUCGGCUGCUUGGGAGUCGGAAGGCGGAAGGCGGUUGACUGUCGUGCUCACCGAGCCGUUUCAACGAGCCCGGGGAUGGUCAAUGACUCGAUGUUAAGUCCGGCCCACAGGUUCUUCUCCUGUACGACUCAGGUACCCGGCCUGCCCCUGGAGUCCUGUUCACUCUAGAAACAUGUAUCCGUCAAGGUCACUCAAACGGACCAUUGAACGCCAGAGUUUCGAGGCAAUGCUAAGAUCGUACUCCAGAUACAUAACGAAAUGCGGGCCAUUUCGUCAGUAGCCGGUUGCGGUUGAGGCCAAUCGAUUCAUUAGAAACGCUGGACAUCUGGAAC